AUGAGAAGAAUUUUUCAAUUCAAGCCUGGCGAAUUGCGAAAUUUAGAAUUAGAAACCUGCUUACAAAAAGCAGUAAAAGAAAUCAAAAAAAAGCAUAGCCAGACAUAAAUCAAUUGUUAAAAACAAUUUUUGAGCUGUUCUAAAUAUAGUAUCAUCUAAAGUGAUGACACUUCAAUCACUUGA